AUGGCAAUUUCUGGGAACUCUAACAAGUCGUCUCCUUUAAUCCCUUCCUUCCUCUACACCUCAUCGUCGUCGUCGCCGUCAUUAUCAUCAUCUUCAUGUGAAGUAUCAAGGGAGAGUAUAAUGGUAGCAGCUCCGAGCGAGAAGAUAAAAAUGUAUUCUCCGACAUUCUAUGCAGCAUGUACUGCUGGUGGAAUUUUUAGUUGUGGUCUUACUCACAUGGUUGUUACUCCUCUUGAUCUCGUCAAGUGUAACAUGCAGAUUAAUCCAGCAAAGUAUAAAAACAUAAGCUCAGGCUUUGGAGUUUUGAUGAAAGAGCAAGGAGUUAAAGGCUUCUUCAGGGGUUGGGUGCCAACCCUUCUUGGUUACAGUGCACAAGGAGCCUGUAAAUUUGGGUUCUAUGAAUUCUUUAAGAAGUACUAUUCAGAUCUUGCUGGUCCUGAAAAAGCUGUCAGAUACAAAACCAUGAUUUACUUAGCUGGUUCUGCAUCUGCCGAGGUCAUUGCUGAUGUUGCCCUUUGCCCCCUCGAAGCUGUUAAAGUUCGUGUGCAGACACAACAUGGCUUUGCUCGAGGCUUGUCCGAUGGUUUCCCCAAGUUUCUCAAUUCUGAAGGUGCUGCAGGAUUGUACAAGGGACUAGUCCCGCUUUGGGGUCGUCAGAUUCCAUAUACAAUGAUGAAGUUCGCCUCUUUUGAGACCAUUGUAGAACUCUUAUACAAGUACGCUAUUCCAAGACCUAAAGAACAAUGCAGCAAGACAUUGCAACUUGGUGUUAGCUUUGCUGGUGGAUAUGUAGCUGGAGUAUUUUGUGCCAUUGUGUCACACCCUGCAGACAAUUUAGUAUCUUUUCUUAACAACGCAAAGGGCGCUUCUGUUGGUGAUGCUGUGAAGAGGUUUGGGCUAGUGGGUUUAUUUACGCGUGGUCUUCCUCUUCGUAUUGUCAUGGUUGGAACCCUUACUGGUGCUCAAUGGGGAAUUUAUGAUGCUUUCAAAGUGUUCGUUGGCUUGCCAACUUCAGGUGGAAGUUCUCCUGCCACAGAAGCUAAAAAGUGAACUAAGGGGUGAGCAGCAAUAGAGAAUUGUAGGAGCUCUAUAUCUUCUCUAGGAACAAUUUGAAUUUCUCAACAUAAUUGAUCGAGUUUCAUCUUCUUUCUUGUUAAGGUCUUUAUUCUACAGAAUAUUGACA